AUGGCCAGUGUUCCAUCGAGUUCCCAGGCUGUGAGCCAGAGGCCCCAGCCUGGCCCCUCCGGGCACCAGCCGGACGUGAUGCUGGACACACAGAGACCAGGACAGCCAGCAGCCCAGGCACACAGCAGCCCUCCGCCAGAGGGCUCCGGCCGGCGCACGCAGCGGGAGAGGUCGGCCGCUCUCCAGGAGUCGGAGGAGGCAGCCACGGGCGAGGAGGACGCCUGGGACCUGGACAUGCUGUGCGGCCUCAAGAUGAGGCUGAAGCGACGAGAAACUUCCAGUGACUAUGCUUUUCCAAUGGAAAAGAAUUCCCUGUCAGUUGCAGCCCAGGCACACAGCAGCCUUCUGCCAGAGGGCUCCGGGCGGCACGGGAAGCGAGAGAGGUCAGCUGCUCUCCAGGAGGAGUCGGAGGAGGCAGCCACAGGCGAGGAGGACGCCUGGGACCUGGACAUGCUGUGCGGCCUCAAGAUGAGGCUGAAGCGACGCUACCUGGCCAACGACAUGGAGGAGGACGAAGGCCACAAACUGGCCAUCCUUUGGCACCUCUAUGGGAACGACCGUUCCAAGAGUCGUCUGUUCCACCAACAGCGAGUCCAAUUCGCCCAAUCCAUGGGCUGGAAGGCCUGGGUCUCCCGGGAAGAGUGUGAGGAGGUGUGUGAGCAGCUGGGAUCUGUGGGACAGAAAGACAAAGCCUUCCACUUCGAGACCCAGCGCGCCAUCCAAGCUCCACUACCCGGGUGCAGCGCUCCGCUACUCUGGCCGGAUAACGACUUCCCCAAAAACACCAAAGAGAAAAAAGGCGUCCACGCAGAGCCCCAUGCUGGCGCAGAAAAGCAGCUCUCCCGGGCGAGGGGAUCUGGGUGUGGUGCCUCCCCGUCCCUGAGACCGGGUAACAACUCCGUAAAAGCACCUGCCGCCCAUCUCGCCGCCAGCUCCAGGUCUCCCACGGCGGCAAGUAGGUGCCCGCUGGUGGCCGGAGACCCCGGCCGCCGCACCAGCUCACCACGGAACGAGAACCGCUCUCUCGGGGAUCGCCUCGCCGUGGCCAGCUGGAACCCGAGGAACGGGGCCGCUGAGGGCCCCGCGGAGCGGUCCCGCCACGUUCAUUACGCGGGUGCGAUUCGCCUGCCGGCCCCAACCUCAUCACCGGCGGCCCAGACCGGUCCGCGUGCGGCGCGCUACGCUGGGACCCGCGCUCGCCGACAUGCAGCCCGCAGCCCGGCCCGGCGAGGGGCUGAAGACCGGGCAAAACCCGCUCAGCCCAGACCAGAAAACUGGCCGGCCGCGUUCCCGCCGCCACCACAGGGCCGGGUAGGCGGCGGCGGCGAAACGUCCCGGGGGGCGGCAGCGGCGGCAGGAGCGGCCAGCCGGACACAGACCAGGGGAGAGACGCGACGGCUCAGGGAGAGCGGAGCGGACGCGGCGCGGCGCGGCGCGGCGCGGCUCCGGCAGCUGCGGCGGGCAGACAGCGCUCCGAUCCACUUGGCCGCUCCUGCUCGGCCGCCCCAGCUGCCCGGCUACCCCUCACUCCGCCGCUCCCCGCUCCCCUCCGCUACUCACCGUUGCUGCACCGCCGGCUCUCCGCGCCCACACCUGAGGCCGGCCGUCUGCUCCUCCUGCGGCCGUCCCAAUGCUCCAGCCACGUCCUGCGCCUCUCCGCGCCGCACCUGGUUUACGACACUCGCGGCUUUACGACACCACUCUUGGGUGAUUGGAGCUACAGACCAGAAACAAUAUGCAUGGACCACCCGAAGGGCAGUAGACUUAGGAGUAGGACGAGUAAGUCACUCGUUCCUCAUUAUACCGGAAUGCCCUACGCCCCUGUUAGGAAGGGACAUCUUGACCAAAGUAGGAGCCCAAAUAUCUUUUCAAGCUGAGAAACCUCUGGUGACUAAUCAGGAAAAUAAGCCUUUGAACUUGAGUAUUCUGACCAUAAGAUUGGAAGACGAAUACUGUCUUUUUAUGGAACCAGAGCUCUCCCGAAUUAGUCAGGAGUGGCUCGACCGAUUCCCAGGAGCCUGGGCGGAGACGGCGGGCAUGGGGCUCGCCAAGAACCAGCCCCCUGUAAUCAUAGAACUAAAAGCUUCAGCCUUGCCAGUGACUGUGAGGCAAUAUCCAAUAAGUAAAGAAGCCAGGGAUGGAAUUAGGCCACAUAUCCAGAAGCUUAUGGAACAGGGAAUAUUAGUAAAAUGUCAAUCCCCAUGGAACACCCCCUUGCUGCCUGUAAAAAAGGCAGGAACGGGAGAUUACCGACCAGUACAAGAUUUAAGAGAAGUUAACAAAAGGACACAGGACAUUCACCCCACCGUGCCAAAUCCCUAUAACCUACUAAGCUCCCUGGCCCCAAAAAACAUCUGGUAUUCAGUUUUAGAUCUAAAGGAUGCUUUCUUUUGUCUGCGCUUGCACCAGAACAGCCAACCGCUGUUUGCCUUUGAGUGGAAAGAUCCCACCACAGGAACUACUGGGCAAUUGACCUGGACUCGUUUGCCACAAGGAUUCAAGAACUCGCCCACCCUCUUCGAUGAGGCUUUACAUCAGGACUUGGCUUUCUACCGAGCUUCAAACCCACAGGUAACUUUGCUGCAAUAUGUUGAUGACUUAUUGAUAGCCGCUCCCACCCGGGAGACCUGCCAAGAGGCCACUGAAGCCCUUUUGACUGAACUUGCCAAAUUAGGGUAUAGAGCAUCUGCUAAGAAGGCACAGAUCUGCCAACAACAAGUGAUUUAUUUGGGAUAUUCCCUGAGAAAAGGGAAAAGGUGGCUUACUGAAGCCCGGAAGCAGACUGUGACGCAGAUUCCGGUCCCCACUACAGCACGCCAGGUUCGCGAGUUUCUGGGGACAGCAGGGUUUUGUAGAUUGUGGAUACCCGGAUAUGCUUCCUUGGCCGCCCCUCUGUACCCCCUUACCAAGGGGACAGCCCCGUUUGUUUGGGGAUCUGAGCAACAACAGGCCUUGGAUGAUAUCAAGAAAGCCCUCCUCUCAGCACCCACUCUAGCAUUGCCAGACGUAACUAAGCCAUUUGUCCUUUUUGUGGACGAACGGAGCGGAGUAGCUCGAGGAGUGUUGACCCAACAAUGGGGACCUUAGAAGAGACCUGUCGCCUAUCUGUCAAAAAAAUUAGACCCCGUGAGUAGUGGGUGGCCUGCCUGCCUGAGAGUAGUAGCAGCUGUGGCCCUCCUAGUUAAAGAUUCUGACAAACUAACACUGGGACAAAAACUCACUGUGGUUGCUUCACAUGCGUUGGAGAGCAUAAUCCGGCAACCACCCGAAAGAUGGAUGUCAAAUGCCAGAAUGACUCACUACCAGACCUUACUCCUGAAUCGUGAUCGUGUGGAAUUUGCCCCACCCGCCAUCCUAAACCCAGCUACUCUGCUCCCCGAUUUGGGAAAAGAAGUACUUCAUACCUGCCAGGAAAUCCUGGCUGAGGAGACGGGGACCAGCCAGGACUUACAAGAUCAGCCUUUAGAAGGGCCAGGACUCCUGACUUGGUAUACAGACGGGAGCAGUUACAUUAUGGAUGGUAAGAGAAUGGUGGGAGCUGCAGUAGUGGAUGAUAACCGAAUCGUGUGGGCCAGUGGACUUCCAACGGGCACUUCUGCACAGCGAGCAGAGCUUGUCGCUCUGACUCAGGCUCUAAAGAUGGCAGAAGGUAAGAGACUUAACGUCUAUACCGACAGCCGAUAUGCUUUUGCCACCGCUCACAUACACGGGGCUAUUUAUAGACAGAGAGGGUUAUUGACUUCUGCCGGGAGAGAUGUUAAAAACAAACAAGAAAUUUUAAAUUUGUUAGAAGCCAUCCAUAGACCUAGAGAAGUGGCAAUAAUACAUUGCCCUGGGCAUCAAAAAAGUGACUCUCUAAUAGCUCAAGGAAACAGAAGGGCUGACCAAGCUGCAAAACAAGCAGCCCAGGGAAUGAAUAUCUUACCCCUCCAAGUGUACCCAGAGGAGAUAUACAAGUCUGAAAAAGGGAGAGUUGUCCUGCCUAAGAGAGAGGCAGAAGAAUACUUAAGGCAAUUGCAUCAAUUGACACAUUUGGGAGCAAAAAACCUAAAGACCUUGGUUCAAGACUCCCCUUAUCAUGUUAUUGGAUUAGGAAAACUGGCUGACGAGGUUGUAAGAAAUUGUGUUCCCUGCCAAUUAGUAAAUGUGAGUAAAAAUCCAGUAACAUCUGGGAAAAGACUUCGAGGGGAUCGCCCAGGAGCUUACUGGGAAGUUGACUUCACUGAGAUCAAGCCUGCUAAGUAUGGAUAUAAGUACCUUCUAGUUUUCUUAGACACAUUUUCAGGAUGGACAGAGGUGUUCCCCACCAAAACUGAGACAGCUCAGACGGUGUCUAAAAAGAUCCUUGAAGAAAUAUUUCCCAGGUUUGGAAUCCCAAAGGUAAUCGGCUCCGACAACGGCCCUGCCUUUGUUGCCCAGGUAAGUCAGGGAUUGGCCAAGAUUUUGGGGACGAAUUGGAAAUUGCAUUGUGCAUACAGGCCCCAGAGCUCAGGACAGGUAGAAAGGAUGAAUAGAACUCUAAAAGAGACCCUGACUAAAUUAUCCAUAGAGACUGGUUUAUAUGAUUGGUUGGUCCUCCUUCCCUUCGCCUUAUUCCGAGUUAGAAACACCCCCAGCCGUUUUAGACUAACACCCUUUGAAAUUAUGUUUGGAGCCCCGGCUCCACUAAAUGCAGCUCACCUCCACAUAUCCCCUGAAUCUGUGACUAAUAAGUUUCUGCUUGAAAGGUUACGGGCUCUGGAAGUUGUGCAGAAAGAAGUGUGGGCCUCUAUCCGAGAAGCCUAUCGGCCAGAGGACAUUUCAGUACCUCACUCAUUCCAAGUGGGAGACUCUGUCUACGUAAGGCGACAUCGAACGGACAAUCUUGAGCCUCGGUGGAAAGGACCCUUCAUCGUCCUUUUGACCACACCUACAGCUGUGAAAGUAGAUGGCAUCUCUUCCUGGAUACAUGCUUCACAUCUGAAGAAAGCGCCUCAACCAGACCCGGACUGGCGAGUAAUUCGAACUGAUAACCCUCUUAAAUUUCGCUUGUGUAAAAAUGAUUGUGUCACUAACAAUUCUAAUUCUAAUGACCCAGUUACUUCCCACCUUCCAGAACCCUAACCCCCAUGAACCCAGGUUGCUGACAUGGCAGGUUUUCUCUCAGACAGGAGAGGCAGUGUGGUCUGUUUCUAAGACUGCCCCCCUUAAGACCUGGUGGCCAUCCCUGCACCCUGAUGUUUGCGCCCUAGUUGCUGGAUUAGAUACCUGGGACAUACCUAAUAUACCUUGGAGACAGGCCCACCUAAUUCGACCACCAGACCGCGAUUAUUCUGCAGCCCAGAGCCAGGUUUCCUAUGGAGACAGCGGGUGUAGUUAUCCCCGAGCACGCAAUAGAAUAAAAACCACUACCUUCUAUGUCUGUCCCCGUGACGGACGAACCCACCAACAAGCCCGACAGUGUGGGGGCUUAGAAUCCUUUUAUUGUAGCUCUUGGGGCUGUGAAACUACGGGUAAUGUUUAUUGGAACCCCGUGUCCAGUUGGGACCUCCUUAAAGUAGUCCUGAACCACACAUCCCCCAACUGUGAGCAGACAGGGCUAUGCAACCCCUUAAAUAUCACGUUCAGUGAUAAGGGGCGCCAGUAUGAUGGAUGGGUCACUGGACGACAGUGGGGGCUCAGAUACUAUGAAUCUGGAUAUGAUAAAAGCCUCAUAUUUACUAUCAGGCUCAAAGUUGAGACCCUUCCAGCUGCCCCAGUAGGACCCAACGCUGUCUUGCGGGAUCAACCGCGUCUCCCAGCCCCAGCCCCAAAACAGGCCCUAGCCCCACCUAUGGACUCUGCCACCACUCCCUCCGCCUCCACUCUUGGCCGAGCCACCUCCCUUCCUGGCACCGGACAACGCCUUCUCAACCUCCUUGAAGGGGCUUUUCAGGUCUUAAAUACCACCAACCCUAACACUACUGAAUCCUGUUGGUUGUGUUUCUCUUCUG